AUAGCGGCUGCGCCGGGCGCGACGCGUCUCUCCCGCUGGCCCCGGCCGCGGCUUUUCCCGGUCCAACGCUUCCCUGCCCCGCGCCCCGCAGCGAAGGCGCCAUGGAGCGGCCGGCGCCUCUGGCCGUGUUGCCCUUCUCGGACCCUGCGCACGCGCUGAGCCUGCUGCGCGGCCUGAGCCAGCUCCGCGCCGAGCGCAAGUUCCUGGACGUGACCCUGGAGGCGGCGGGCGGGCGCGACUUCCCGGCGCACCGAGCUGUGCUGGCCGCCGCCAGCCCCUACUUCCGCGCCAUGUUCGCCGGGCAGCUGCGCGAGAGCCGUGCCGAGCGGGUGCGCCUACACGGCGUGCCGCCAGACAUGCUGCAGCUACUGCUGGACUUCAGCUACACCGGCCGCGUGGCCGUGAGCGGCGACAACGCCGAGCCGCUGCUGCGCGCCGCCGACUUGCUGCAGUUCCCGGCGGUGAAGGAGGCGUGCGGCGCCUUCCUGCAGCAGCAGCUAGACCUGGCCAACUGCCUGGACAUGCAGGACUUCGCCGAGGCCUUCAGCUGCUCCGGGCUGGCGAACGCGGCACAGCGCUUCAUUCUGCGCCACGUGGGCGAGUUGGGCGCCGAGCAGCUGGAACGCCUGCCGCUGGCGCGCCUGCUGCGCUACCUGCGCGACGACGGAUUGUGCGUGCCCAAGGAGGAGGCCGCCUACCAGCUGGCGCUGCGCUGGGUGCGCGCCGACCCGCCGCGCCGCGCGGCUCACUGGCCGCAGCUGCUCGAGGCCGUGCGCCUCCCCUUCGUGCGCCGCUUCUAUCUGCUGGCGCACGUCGAGGCCGAGCCGCUGGUGGCGCGCUGCCCUCCCUGUCUUCGCCUCCUGCGCGAGGCGCGCGACUUCCAGGCGGCGCGCUACGACCGCCACGACCGCGGGCCCUGUCCCCGAAUGCGCCCGCGUCCUUCUACCGGCCUCGCUGAGAUCCUCGUGCUCGUGGGCGGCUGCGACCAGGACUGCGACGAGUUGGUCACCGUCGACUGCUAUAACCCGCAGACGGGCCAAUGGCGCUACCUGGCCGAGUUUCCUGACCACCUGGGCGGGGGCUACAGCAUCGUAGCGCUUGGCAACGACAUUUACGUGACGGGCGGGUCCGACGGCUCCAGGCUGUACGACUGCGUGUGGAGGUACAACUCGAGCGUGAACGAGUGGACGGAGGUGGCGCCCAUGCUGAAGGCCCGCGAGUACCACAGCUCCUCGGUGCUGGACGGGCUGCUGUACGUGGUGGCCGCGGACAGCACGGAGCGCUACGACCACACCACCGACUCCUGGGAGGCCCUGCAGCCCAUGACCUACCCCAUGGACAACUGCUCCACCACCGCCUGCCGCGGCCGGCUCUACGCCGUCGGCUCGCUGGCCGGCAAGGAGACCAUGGUGAUGCAGUGCUACCACCCAGACACCGACCUCUGGUCGCUGGUGGACUGCGGCCAGCUCCCGCCCUGGUCCUUCGCCCCCAAGACGGUGACUCUGAACGGACUCAUGUACUUCAUCAGGGACGACUCGGCUGAGGUGGACGUGUACAGCCCCACGAGGAACGAGUGGGACAAGAUCCCGUCUAUGAAUCAGGUGCACGUGGGGGGCAGCCUGGCCGUCCUCGGAGGGAAGCUGUACGUUUCGGGGGGCUACGACAACACGUUUGAACUCUCGGACGUGGUGGAGGCCUACGACCCUGAGACGCGGGCGUGGAGCGUGGUGGGCCGGCUCCCGGAGCCCACCUUCUGGCACGGGAGCGUCAGCAUCUUCCGCCAGUUCAUGCCCCAGACGCCCUCGGGUGGGCGCGGCUUCUCGCUGGACAGCGGCACCGUUGACAUGGACCUGGGCCAGCCCCGGCCGCCCCAGAACCCCCAGGAGCUGCACUAGCCCUGGCCUGGCCCGGGGAGGGCCUCGGUGCAGGUAACCCGGCACCUCGGGGGGCGGCGACCCCCGCCUUCGUGCCCAAGGACAGGUCGGGCUCACCCGGCGGAACGGGGGCUGUCGGGCUGCUGAGGGAGCCUCGGGCUCCGGCGCCCGGGUCGUUUCGUGCGCCUAGAACCUAAGUCACAGCUGCUGGGGGGCCGGGGCGCCCCUCCCUCGGUCCAGGAAGAGCUGUCUCGCUGCCUGCACGUGGCUCUGGCUCCAACAGGUCACCCCCCCCCCACACACACACACACACACCCAGUCAUCUGUCUCCCAGCACCGACUGACUGGCUCCCACCUGGGGAGAGGAGAACCCCACUUGGGGCGUGAGCGGAGGGGGACAGGUCCUCCCUGGAGAGCCCGAGAAUGGCCAUGG